GACAAUAACAGGACACAAAAAUAUGAUAAUUUACGCUUUUAUUUAUGAUAUUUUAAUGCAUCAAUAUAUUUUUGUGCCAGGAAAACUUAGGCGUGAAGAGGUUAAGAGUGAAAAUGUGGAACUGGUUCAGCUGAAGUGACGCAGAACUGGACGCGGAACAUAAACACAGACUAACUGGAAGUGUCUUGUUCUCUGUGUGAAGGUGUUCUAGCGCAGGAAGUGUACUCUCCUUCACCCGGGAAGAACGCCUACAUCGCGGCUUCCUAUGUCAAGUACCUGGAGUCUGCGGGCGCGCGAGUCGUCCCUGUCAUACUGAAGGGGAAAAGAUUUGCCACUGUGGAAGAAAUCCAGAAAAAAUGCAGGAGGCUCUAGACAUGAUGACAAAAGAUGACUCCAGGAAAUGUUUCCAGAAAUAGGAGAAACACUGAGACAAGUGUAUCGCAUCACAAGGAGAGUACUUUGAAGGGGAUUAAAGGAGAAAUGCUGAUUAAUAGGACUGAAGAGGAAUACACCAUACUCUUCAGAUCUAUAAAUGGAAUCCUUUUUCCUGGUGGCGGUGCCAGCAUUUUUUCAUCCGGUUAUGCAAAAGCAGCAGGCAUAUUCUACAAACUUGCGCUGGAAGCCAACUCAAAAGGAGAUUAUUUUCCUGUGUGGGGAACAUGCUUGGGCUUUGAGCAGCUCACACUGCUGACUAGUGGAAAGUCCCUGCUGUCCCGUACUAAUACCAGUGGUGUUGCCCUACCACUCAAUUUCACCAAAGAAUCAAAGGACAGCCGAAUGUUCAAGGACUUCCCGGAGGACCUGAUGACAUCACUGGCAAAUGAACCACUCACAGAGAACUCUCAUCAGUGGAGUCUCACUACUGCGAGAUUCAGUGGAAAUGAGAAGCUGAGAAAGUUUUACCGAAUUCUGAGUACAAACACAGACGGACAAACAGAGUUUGUGUCCACAGUGGAAGCAAAUGAUUUCCCAAUUUAUGGAACCCAGUGGCACCCAGAGAAAAAUGCAUUCGAGUGGACUCAUGUGUACAUCCCCCAUUCGCCUGAUGCUAUCAGAACCACUUUCUAUAUGGCCCACUUUUUUGUCAAUGAAGCUAGAAAAAGUCUUCAUAAAUUCCCCAGCCAAAAAGAGGAGCAGAACGCUUUAAUCUAUAACUACCAGCCCACCUACACUGGAAAGAAGUCUUCAUUUGAACAAACAUAUUAUUUUGAUUAACUUUUUCUCUUACUUAAUCGGUUGUAUUUGUGUAAAUCUUUGGAACCAUGUAAGCUGUGUUGUGCUCACAACAUCCUGAACAUUGCAUAAAAAAGCUGCCAUACUA